ACCGGUUCUUCUUUUCCUUUCUUUUCCUCGGGCAUUGGCAAGGGGGUGGAGCUCGGCCCUCUUGACGGCAGUGGGCUCGUGACGUCAUCCCGCAAUUCUUCUUGACUGGGGGCGGGAGAGGGAACCGCCAUUUUGUUUGUUGGCGGCGGGCGAGGACGGGGCUCUUCAUUUUCAUCGUUGGCUGUAAGUGACGGAGGGGGACUGGCCACGUCUCUUCUCUCCGACUCGGUCGUUAGGUCGUAGGGAAGUGGGAGAGUAGGUCCGAAACAGCGAGCCCCUUCCUUUGCUCCGCAACGGGAGUCGGGGGAUGGGAUACGAAAGAUGAAGCACUCAAAGCGAGCCCAUUGCUCUGAUAUGGAUGAUAGAAAGAAAGAAGAAAAGAGCAUAAACAGCCAAAAACGCAAAAGGAGGUCUCACAGCAGUGAAAGAGAUUACAAACAUCAUAAAUCCCAUAAAACUGCAGACAGUAGCAGUUUGGAUGAUAGAUCCAUACAUGACAGAGACCGUCAUGACCGGAGAUAUGUUGAGGAAUACAGAAAUGACUUCUCUGAUGUAGAUGACCACAAGCAUUGUCACAGAGAUAAUGAAAAGAAUCACCGCCAUCAUGAUAGCAAAUCUGCUCGAAGCAGGAAAAGUAGUCAUAAAAGAAAGCAUAAGAAACAUGGCCACAGUUACAGCUCGCAUUCGAAGAGUCACCGAAGGAAAAGAUCCAGGAGUGUAGAGGAUGAUGAGGAGGGUCACCUGAUCUGUCAAAGUGGAGACGUGCUAAGAGCAAGAUAUGAAAUUAUUGCUACUUUAGGAGAAGGUGCCUUUGGAAAAGUGGUAGAAUGCAUUGAUCACCACAUGAGAGGGAUCCACGUAGCAAUAAAAGUAGUGAAAAGUGUUGGUAGAUACCGUGAAGCAGCUCGCUCAGAAAUUCAGGUACUGGAGCAUUUAAACUCCUUGGAUCCCAGCAGCACAUUCCGUUGUGUACAGAUGUUGGAAUGGUUUGAUCAUUGUGGUCACGUUUGCAUUGUGUUUGAGCUACUGGGACUCAGUACCUAUGACUUCAUUAAGGAAAAUAGCUUUUUGCCUUUUCCUAUUGAACUUAUUAGGAAGAUGGCUUAUCAGAUUUGCCAAUCUAUAAAUUUCUUGCAUCACAAUAAGUUGACUCAUACAGAUCUGAAACCUGAAAAUAUUUUAUUUGUAGAAUCUGAUUAUGUAGUAAAGUACAAUUCUAAAAUGAGGCGAGAUGAACGCACACUGAAAAACUCAGAUAUUAAAGUUGUAGAUUUUGGAAGUGCAACAUAUGAUAAUGAGCAUCAUAGCACUUUAGUGUCUACAAGACAUUACAGAGCACCUGAAGUUAUAUUAGCGCUUGGGUGGUCCCAGCCUUGUGAUGUCUGGAGUAUAGGAUGCAUUAUAAUUGAAUAUUACCUUGGCUUUACAGUAUUUCAGACACAUGAUAGUAAGGAACAUCUGGCAAUGAUGGAGAGGAUACUAGGGCCUCUACCAAUGCACAUGAUUAAAAAAUCAAGAGCAGCAGUUUCCAAGCGACACCAUCUGGAAUCUACCAGAGAGGUAGGAACAGAGCCACCCAAUCCCACUUCUCCCAGGCAACCCAGAAGGAUAUUAAGUAGGGGUGUGUGCAGACCAAGUUUUGUAGUACGGUUCGAAUUCUGACUGAAUUCAAACCAAACUGCCACACUAUAGAUUCCAGCGCAGACCCCUGUCAUCUUUAUUCUUGAAGGGUGUGAGUCAGACUAAUCCUUGUAGACUUAAAAGUAUGGUCUUGGUUUGAAAAAGGAAACACAGCCUUGAUUAUAGAACUAAGGUUUGAACUUAAGUAAGGGACAGCCUUGCAUGCAGCUUGGGGGAGAGGUGUCUUCCUACAAGCCUGACUGAUCCUGGAUCUAACUCUAGAAAAAAGAUAAACUCACAUGAGGUGUUCUUUCUGAUGUUCACCCACCACCACCAACAUAUACAGAGCUUCCCUACUCUGUGGCCAUUCAUUGCAAAUGCACUUAUCUCUUUUUGGCACUCAAGCUGGCUUCUCUCGAUUAUUGGAAAUUCAUGACAUUCAUUGAUUUCAGUGUGUUUAGCAUUGCAUAACCUAAUAUGGCAGGCAAACUGUUAUUUUUCCUUAUGUGUGUGUGCGUGCUGACUAGAGCCUUCUCUUAAUCACCUUCCACUGCUGUUCUGCAGUGAAUUGCUGGAGAUUAAAAAGGAAGGAAGAGUGCCCUGCACUGUGGGCAAGCUGACCCUUCCUACUUUAAGACUAUAGUCCUAUGCAGACUCACUAAGCAGUAAGUCAUAUAAGCUCAGUAGGAUUUACUUCCAAGUAAAAAAGGAUAUGGCCACAACAGUUGCCAUCAGUGCUCUACUGUGAAAAGCAGGGAAUGUACAGCAUUGCUGGCAGCUAUCUCCUUUUUUCUCAGAAGGGGGAAGAAUGGUGGUAGAGCUCUGAACUUUUGCAAGGGAAGUGUCCUUGAAGAGCAAGCAGGGUGGGUUGGAAAAAUGCUUGAGGACAAAAAGGGGAGUCCAAGGACCUUUGGUGCAAAAAGCAGUGGAAGGCUCAGAUCCUAUCCACACUUAAUGCAAGUAAAUUCAUGAGACCCACUUCUGAGUACUGUAAAUGUCUAUAUGAUUUGACUGCAAAGGUCACAAAAGCUGGCAGAAGCAAAUGAGAGACUUGGAUUAAGUUGGAAACAAAUUACUAUUUAGAACAGACCAAAUGAAGGGCCAUCAGAAUGCAUGAAAGAUGGACCAAAACUGAAGAUUGACAGAGAUAGCAAGGAAAAAUAAUCUAAGUAGUAGUUGGGUUUGAAGGAAAUUGGUAUUGGACUAUUCCAAGGAGAAGGGUAAAAUGGUUAAGAAGAAAAGAUACAUCAGACCUAGAGCAAAAGGAGUUGUAAAAUUCUUUUUCAUCCUUUUUGU